AUGCAGUCAGCUGUACACUCAAUUGUCGGACCCAAAAAGGUGACGCCGAACAACCUCAAAGGCCGCGUCGCAGUCGUGCUCGGUGGCGCACUGGGUAUAGGGUACGAAGUCUCCCGCGCCUUCGCUCUAGCUGGUGCUCGCGUGAUAAUGGUCAAUCGCAAGUCGGAACAAGGCGACGCCGCAAUCGACGCAAUCAAAAAGGAGAGUGGAUCCGACGCAAAGAUUGAGUGGGUUGGAUGCGACGUGGGAAGUUUGAAGCAGGUUAAGGAAGCCUUUACAAAGCUGAGGGAGAGUGAAGAGAGGCUUGAUUUGUUGGUAUUAUCAGCCGGCAUCAAUGCGAACCAAUACUGCGAAACAAAGGACAAAAUCGACUCCCAUUUCCAGAUCAAUUGGCUUGGUCAAUUCUACGCCGUCAAUCUCUUGUAUCCGCUCAUACGCAAGACGUCGAAAUUGCCCGAUACUCCGGCGCCUAGGAUUGUAUGGGAGGCAUCAGAACUACAUCGCAUGUCACCAUCCGAUGUCAAGUUCGAAUCGGUAGCGGAAAUUAACAACCCUAAUGUUGGCAGCGCGACAUUGUAUGCUCGUACGAAGUUGGCGAUUAUCCUGGGCGUUGAUUAUGGGCUUGUGCAGAAGGUUAUCAAGCCUAAUCAUGAUAAUAUUUAUGCAUUGAGUGUGCACCCCGGCGCAGUCAACACAACAAUGCAACAGCAAUGGAAAGAAGCCUACCCCGGCCUCCUCGGGAAACUGCUGACAAAGACAAUGAUCGCAAUCAGUCGCGAUCCCGAGCAAGGCGCCUACAGCGCUUUGUACGCCUCGGUCAGUCCUGAAAUCGAAGAAAAAGGUUGGAAUGGGCAUUAUUUCACGGAUCCUGGUCAAUUGGGACAACGGUCGACGCAGGCGUCUGAUCCAGUGUUGGGGGAUAAUCUGUGGAAUUUGAGUCAGAAGAUGAUUCGGGAUGUUGUUGGCGAGGAUGCGUUGGUUGACUGGAACUUAUAA